UCAACUGCAAAGGAGGAACAAACAGAUAAACAAGAAUUUUGGCUUGGUGGGAGACUCAAAAGAUUUAAUGAUCGUAAAGCCAUGCAGGGUCUCCUCGUAGUGCUCGUUUGUGCUCUGGCUAUCACCACUGCCCAGGAGCCUGACCAUGCCCACGGCUGCACCCAUGGCAGCUGUUACCCAGCCACCGGUGAUCUUCUGGUGGGUCGUGAGAAGAAUCUGAAGGCCUCAUCCACCUGCGGCCUGCGGUGGAGAGAGCCCUACUGUAUAGUCAGCCACCUGCAGGAGGAGAAGAAGUGUUUCCACUGUGAUUCGCGACAGCCCUAUGAUCCAGUUCAUAAUCCCAUGAGUCAUCGCAUCGAAAACGUCAUCACCACCUUUAAACCCUAUCGCAAGAAGUCGUGGUGGCAGUCUGAGAACGGAAAAUCUGAUGUGUACAUUCAGCUGGAUCUUGAAGCCGAGUUUCAUUUCACUCAUCUGAUUAUGACCUUUAAGACCUUCCGUCCAGCGGCCUUGCUGAUUGAGCGAUCAGCAGAUUUCGGGCGCACCUGGCAGGUGUACAGGUACUUUGCCUACGACUGUGCUUCUGUCUUUCCAGGAAUUUCCCAGGGUCCCCUCCGCAAAGUUGAUGAUGUCAUCUGUGAGUCACGUUACUCGGACAUUGAGCCCUCCACGGAAGGAGAGGUAAUCUACAGAGUUCUGGAGCCUGCCAUCCACAUUGAAGACCCUUAUAGUCCCAACAUUCAGAACCAACUGAAGAUCACUAACCUGCGAGUAAACUUCACCAAGCUGCACACUCUGGGCGAUAACCUGUUGGACUCUCGACUGGAAAUCAAAGAGAAGUACUACUACGCCAUGUAUGAGCUGGUCGUCCGCGGCAACUGUUUCUGCUAUGGUCACGCUUCAGAGUGUGCCCCUAUUGAUGGGAUAAAAGAUGACAUCGUGGGAAUGGUGCAUGGAAGGUGUGUCUGCAAGCACAACACUAAGGGACUGAACUGUGAACAGUGUGACGAUUUCCAUAACGAUCAGCCAUGGAGACCAGCAAAAGGACGCAACACUAAUGCCUGCAAGAAGUGCAACUGCAAUGGUCACUCUAAUAAAUGUCACUUUGAUAUGGCGGUGUACUUGGCCACUGGGAAUGUUAGUGGAGGUGUGUGUGAUGACUGUCUCCACAACACCAUGGGCCGUAACUGUGAGACUUGUAAACCCUUCUACUACCAGGACCCAACUAGAGACAUCAGGGACCCCAGGGUGUGCGUGGCCUGUGACUGUGAUCCUGAUGGUUCUCUGAAUGGAGGGAUCUGUGAUGGGCAUGACGAUCCCUCCCUGGGCAUGAUUGCUGGCCAGUGUCGCUGUAAGGACAAUGUGGAGGGGCCACGCUGUGACAAAUGCAAGCCUGGCUUUUUUGGCCUGAGCGCAGACAACCCCCAAGGCUGCAGUCCCUGUCAGUGUGACCCUAGGGGGACAGUGUCAGGUGCCCAGUGUGACCCUGUCAGUGGAGACUGCUUCUGUAAGCGUCUGGUGACUGGUCGCAGCUGCAACCAGUGCCUGCCAGAACACUGGGCACUGAGCCAUGAUGUAAGUGGCUGUAGAGGAUGUGACUGUGACGUGGGUGGAGCUACAGACAACCACUGUUCGAUGGAAACAGGGCAGUGUCGCUGUCGCAGUCACAUGACUGGGCGUCAGUGUAAUCAGGUGGAGUCUGGGUAUUUUUUUAUGGCCUUGGACCAUUACAUUUAUGAGGCUGAACUGGCUAAACUUGGUCAGGGGUGCACUGUUGAGGAGAGGGAGCACCAGCCUGGUCGUCCCGCCUCCUGGACGGGGACUGGUUUUGCACGUGUUCCUGAGGGAAGCACUUUGGAGUUCUCCAUCAACAACAUUCCCUAUUCCAUGGAAUAUGAUGUUCUUAUACGUUAUGAGCUUCAGAUGCCAAGGGACUGGGAUGAGGUCCGUUUGCAAGUGAUCCGGCCCGGACCAAUCCCAACUAGCAGCCCCUGUGGAAACACCAUCCCAGCUGAUGACAUCCUGACUGUGUCUCUUCCCUCUGGCACUAGCAGGUUUGUGGUCCUGCCACAUCCUGUGUGUCUGGAGAGGGGAGUAAGUUACACUCUGCGAUUUGAGUUCAUCAGAUAUGCAGACAAGAACAGCAUACCCACAGUCACCAGUACUUAUGUUUUGGUGGAUUCUAUUGCACUACUCCCUCGCUACUCCUCUCUGGAGAUGUUCAUUGCUGGUGAUCCUGCUUCCAUUGCCAGGAAGCAGAGCUAUGAACGCUAUCGUUGCCACGAGAGUGCCAGGAGUGUGUCCCGACCUCAGAUCAGUGAUGUCUGUGCAAAACUCAUCACCAGCAUGUCUGCCAUCAUCAAUGAUGGGGCACUGCCUUGCCAGUGUGAUCCUCAGGGUUCAGUCAGUUCUGAGUGUGACCCCCGUGGUGGUCAGUGCCGUUGUCGCCCCAACGUCACUGGCCGCCGCUGUGACAAAUGUGCUCCAGGGACCUAUGGAUUUGGACCUUCAGGAUGCAAACUUUGUGAGUGCAGUCUGGAGGGUUCUCAGAGUCGAUUCUGUGAUCAGUACACAGGGCAGUGUUCCUGCCGCCCAGGUGCGUUUGGCCAGCACUGUGACCGUUGCCAGCAUGGGCACUGGGGCUUUCCCAACUGUAGGCCAUGCCAGUGCAAUGGGCAUGCUGACGAAUGCCACCAGAGGACUGGUGCCUGUGUGAACUGUAGGGCCAAUACAGCAGGAGACAAAUGUGAAAAGUGUGCCAAUGGCUAUUAUGGAAAUCCAGUCCUGGGUUCUGGAAACCAGUGUCGGCCAUGCCCGUGUCCAGAGGGACCAAAUAGCGGACGUCAUUUUGCAGCCUCCUGUCACCAAGACCCGCGAAACAGUCAGGUGGUUUGCAAUUGCAACCAGGGCUACACAGGUUCCAGCUGUGAGGAAUGUGCCCCUGGUUACUAUGGUAAUCCCUCUCAGCCUGGCGGGCGAUGCCAGGCGUGUCGCUGCAACAACAACAUUGACUUGUCAGACCCCGAUGCGUGUGACAGGCGGACUGGAGAGUGCCGGAAGUGUUUGUACAAUACAGAGGGGCCUGACUGUGGCAUGUGUAGGAGUGGUUACUAUGGUGAUGCCUCACGUCGCAACUGCAGGAAAUGCACCUGUAAUUUCCUGGGCACAGAGCGGAGUCAGUGCUUAUCACGUAACGAGUGUGUUUGCCAGCGUGGCACAGGGCAAUGCCAGUGCCUGCCUCAUGUCAUUGGGUUGGCCUGUGACCACUGUGCUCCAAACUACUGGAACUUGGCCAGUGGCCGGGGCUGUCAGCCCUGUGGCUGUGAUCCCAACAACGCUUACACCCCUGCCUGCAACGAGUUCACGGGCCAGUGCCAAUGUCGCGCUGGAUUUGGAGGUAAAACCUGCCAGGACUGCCAGGAGAACCACUGGGGUGACCCUAGAAUCCAGUGCAGAGCUUGUGACUGUGACCCACGGGGUAUCGAGACGUCACAGUGUAACCGUGUGACAGGCCACUGCGUGUGUCGACAGGGCGUGUCAGGUGUUCGAUGUGAUCAGUGCGCUCGCGGUUUCUCUGGCACCUUCCCAGACUGCCAGCCUUGCCACCAGUGCUUCGGAGACUGGGACCGUAUAGUCCAGGAUCUGGCUGCCAGAACUAGAUCUCUGACCGAUAGGGCUCGAGAGAUACAGACCACAGGCUUGACUGGGCCGUAUGAGAGGAGGUUCCAGGAGCUGGAGAGGAAACUGGCCCAGGCACGAGACAUCGUGAAUGCCCGCAACGCCACAGCUGAAGCUGUCACCACUCUGAUGGGAAUGAUAGAGGAUCUCAGAGCUCAAAUUGGGGAGGCGACAGACACGCUGAAUCGUCUGGAGGGAGAUCUGACCACUGUACAGGACAGUAAUUAUGAGGCCAGUAAUCAGCUGAGUACAUUGGAGAGAGAGGCCAGAGAGCUCAACCUGACCUCUGAGCAGCUCAAUCGCCAACUCGACAUCCUCAAGAACUCCAAUUUCCUGGGUGCAUACGAUAGCAUCCGCGCCUCCUAUAACAAGUCACGUGAUGCAGAACAUCGUGCCAACCAAUCCACAACGGACAUCCCUAGUACUGUAAGCCAGUCAGCCGACACACGCAGAAGGACAGAGCGGCUCAUCGCUCAAAAUAAAGAUGAUUUCAACCGAAAGAAUGCUGCAAACAAGCGAGCUCUCACAGACCUCAAUGCAAAGGCACAGCUUCUGGACAUGAAGAAGCUCAAUGAGAAAGUGUGUGGAGCUCCUGGUGAUGCCCCGUGUGCGGAAAGCCCUUGUGGUGGUGCCGGUUGUCGUGAUGAUGAGGGUAACAGACACUGUGGUGGACUAAACUGUAACGGAGCUGUGGCAAUGGCUGAUAACGCCCUGGAGAGAUCUAAGCAUGCAGAGAGAGAGCUGAACAAAGCCAUGGGAGAAGUGGAAGAACUUUUCCACAAGGUGGCAGAUGCCAAAACAAAAGCACAGGAGGCAAAGGAUAAGGCCAAGGCUGCCCUGGAGAAAGCCAAUAACACUAAGAACAAAGUGGAUCGUUCUAACAAUGACCUCCGUGACCUGAUUAAACAGAUUCGGGAAUUCCUAAUGCAGGAGGGUGCUGACCCUGAGAGUAUAGAAGCAGUGGCCAGUCGCGUUUUGGAACUGUCCAUUCCAGCCUCACCUCAACAGAUCAGACACCUGGCUGAUGAGAUUAAGGACCGUGUCAGGAGUCUGUCCAAUGUGGAUGCCAUCUUGGAUCAGACACAGGAUGAUGUCCGCAAAGCUGAGCGGCUGUUGAUGGAUGCCAGAAAAGCCAGGAAUCGUGCUGAGGGAGUGAAGAAUACUGCAGAAAAGGUGGAACAAGCUUUGGGUGAUGCUCGUAAGGCCCAGGCAGCUGCAGAGAAGGCCAUUCAAAGAGCUAGGGAUGAUAUUGGCAUGACAGAAAACAGACUGGCACAGAUCCAGUCAGAGACUUCUGCCAGUGAGAAGAACCUGAAUGAUGCUAUGGAUAGGUUGGGAGACAUCGGACGCCAGAUAGAAGAUCUGAAGACUAAACGUGCUAGCAACAGUCUCGCAGCAGCGCGAGCAGAGGAAACAGCCACCAUGGCACGUGACAAAGCAAAUGAAGCAAAGCAGAUGCUGGAUGGUGAGCUGUCAGAUAAAUACCGCACUGUCCAGUCCCUGGUGGACAGGAAGGCAAAAACAGUGCAGGAUGCUAAGAAGAAGGCAGAGAAACUGAGAGAUGAGGCUAAGGAAUUGCUGAAGGAUGCCCAGAACAAACUCCAGAGACUGGCAGAACUUGAGAAAGACUAUGAGAAAAACCAGAAAACCUUGGAGGGAAAAGCCAGUCAGCUGGAUGGGCUGGAGGAUAAAAUGAAGACCAUUCUGGAUGCCAUCAACAAGCAGAUCCAAAUCUACAACACUUGCCAGUAACGUGUAAACACUAGGCUUCAUGCCAGAUACUUCUCUCACUUACAGUCCACCGCUGCCCUAGAAGAUAUGCAUCACUAUCCUGUUCUCCUCUGUAUGCUACCAGAAAAUGAAAGCUGGAUGCUGCAAUGUAACUGAAUGCCAAAUAGCAAAGUGUAUAGAUAACAGGACCCUUUGUUUGAGUUGUUCUACCCAACAGUGUAACUCUCUGGCACCUUGGUUCUACUGUACUGUACAUGAUUUGUCACUGAAGGACCACAGUGCCUUAAGACUUUUUAAAUUUCACCAGGACUAAAAUGUUAAGUUUAUCUUUGCACAAUGAAUUGUUCAAUUCUUUGCACAUAUUUUCAUGACUAUAAAUAAAUUUCAUGCUACAGAUUCACCCAAGAAAUAUGAUACAAGAGAAGUCACUGAAUCAGCUCUCAGUGCAAAUGUAUG